GUUUAACAUACGCAGCUAGCCCAGCGCACGAUAACUCUGACAUAUUUCGCCGGAUGCUAACAUGAGCCCUGUUGCUCUGACCAUCAAUUUCUUCUUCUUCUUCAACGCUCCCCUUUAAAAAAAAAGGAGGUGUCUUUUUUUAGCAACUCAACUCACUGCGUUUCUCUCUCUCUCUCUCUCUCUCUCACUCAGUUCUUCUUCCUACUCAGAAAGAGUUUAUCUUUCACCGGUGGAUUUCUCGACGAAGAUUCCAACUUUAUAGAGCUUUUUUUUUUAUAGAUGCAGAUUCAGAGCGUAUCAUCAUCAUCUUUAGAUAAAGGAUCAAUGUCUCAUGACAUAAGCUAGACUCUGGUUCUGUUUCAUCUUCUUCUUCUUCUUCGAUCUCAAUUUCUUGUUGGAGCGAGCUAGGGUUGUUUUAUGUUUGGGAGAGGAAUGGGCACUAGGCAAUAUUCACUGGGAGAAGUAGGUCCACCAAUAAACCCGAGAGCUGGUUUGCGAAGAGAACAAGCUGGAAGAGGUUCAUACAGAGGUAGUUAGUAGAUUCGUUGCUCAUCUAUAGGCAGCACCAACAAAAAAAAAAAAGAGGGCUUUUAUUUUUUGUUUAGACACAGAUUCUCUUGUCGGAUUGAUAAAGAAUCAGGGUUUAGGACCCUUGACGAUUUUGGUUUUAAGCGUUUUAAGAGGGGUGAUUUUGAGUUUUAGUGGUCACGGGUGGUGGUUUAGAUGGGUUCUACCUUACAACAGAUACUGAGGAGCCUCUGCUCCAACUCGGAUUGGAACUAUGCCGUGUUCUGGAAACUCAACCAUCGCUCUCCAAUGGUGCUUACUUUGGACGAUGUGUACUAUGUUAAUCAUGAGCGCUGUUUGAUGCCGGGGAACCUGCAUGCAGGCCCCUACGCACAUGACCCCCUUGGGUUAGCUGUAGCUAAGAUGUCAUAUCAUGUACACUCUCUUGGUGAAGGGAUUGUAGGACAAGUGGCAAUCUCUGGACAACAUCAAUGGAUCUUCUCUGAAUAUUUGGACGACACUCACUCGACACUUCAGGUUCACAACGGUUGGGAGAGUCAAAUUUCUGCUGGAAUCAAGACUAUUCUUAUAGUAGCUGUUGGUUCUUGUGGAGUUGUGCAGCUUGGCUCUUUGUGUAAUGUUGAUGAAGACCCGGCUUUGGUGACUCAUAUCAGGCGUUUGUUUUUGGCUCUCAAGGAUCCACUGGCAAACCAUGCGUCAAAUUUAAUGCGAUGUGACAAUGAUAUUCCUUCGGAUCUGCCAAAAAUAUCUUCCAAAUGCUUACAUGAGGCAGUCCCUGAUUUCUCAGGAGAAUUUGACAAAGCUAUGGAUGUGGAAGGGUUAAAUAUUGUAUCUCAAAACACAAGUAAUCGAAGUGACGACCUCCCAUACAAUUUCACUCCAUCAUAUUUUCAGAUGGGGAGGACUGCUCAAGUAAUUGGUGGGGUUGAAGCAGUCCAACCUUCCAUGUUUGGAAGAAAUGAUUGUGUUACUAGUGGUUUUUUAGUUGACGCGGUUGAUACUAAACACGUGAAUCAAGUGGGUAUACAUGAUAUGGGUAAGGUAAAUUAUGAUGAGGAAACUGGUGGAUACCGAUACUCAAGAGAAUCAGGUCCUAAUUUCCAACAGUACUCGAAGAAUCAUGUGCGUAAUAGUGCAGGCUCAUCUUCUUUUGCAAUGGAGACUGAUAGGCUAAAAGCAGGUCCAUCAUAUCCACAACACGAUUCAGUUACAUAUUCUUCUCAUCAAAAUGAGGUUUUCCAACCAUCUGAGUGCCAAGGAAGUACAUAUGUAAAAGACACAGAAUAUAGGCAGGAGAAGACAAUUGAGUCAAGUCAGUUGGAUGCUUUAACUGCAUCUUUGUCUUCUUUUUCUGGCAGUGAGCUGUUAGAGGCAUUAGGGCCUGCUUUCAGUAAAACGAGCACUGGUUAUGAGGAGCUAGCAAAGUUUGAAUCUGCUGAAGCUAUAAGACGAACAAAUGAUUUGAGCCAUAGUCACCUGACAUUCGACUCCAGCCCUGAGAAUCUUCUAGAUGCUGUGGUUACUAAUAUGAGUUAUGGUGAUGGUAAUGUAAGUCGUGAAAUAUCAUCAAGCAGGUCGAUGCAGUCAUUGCUUACAACUGCUGAAAUGGCAGAGGCAGUACCUUUUGGUCAUAAAAAGCAUAGUAUUGUUAGCCCAGUUGAUAGUGUGACUAGCCAGCCGUCUCUAGCAGAGGGGCAUAUCCAACAGAAUCCAUCAAAUAUCUGUGGGGCAUUUUCUUCCAUUGGGUUUUCAUCGACAUGUCUCAGUUCCUCCAGCGACCAGUUUCCUACUUCCCUGGAAACUCCCAAGAAGAACAAAAAGAGAGCUAAACCUGGUGAAAGUUCUCGGCCUCGUCCAAGGGACAGGCAACUUAUUCAGGAUCGUAUCAAAGAACUAAGGGAGCUUGUGCCUAAUGGAUCUAAGUGCAGUAUUGAUUCUUUGCUAGAGUACACGAUCAAGCACAUGCUCUUUCUGCAGAAUGUCUCUAAGCAUGCUGACAAGCUCAGUAAAAGUGCAAGUUCAAAGUUGCAGAAGCAAUACAAGGAUACCAGCACCCUAGGAUCAUCUAGCACUGAACAAGGUUCGAGCUGGGCAGUAGAGAUUGGGGGCCAUCUUCAAGUGUGCUCAAUCAUGGUGGAGAAUCUGGACAAAGAAGGAGUAAUGCUUAUCGAGAUGUUAUGCGAAGAAUGUAGCCACUUUCUGGAGAUAGCAAACCUGAUAAGGAGCUUGGAACUCAUCAUCCUCAGAGGCAUCACAGAGAAACAAGGCGAGAAAACAUGGAUAUGUUUUGUAGUGGAGGGCCAAAACAACAAAGUAAUGCAUAGGAUGGACAUCUUGUGGUCUCUUGUGCAGAUAUUUCAACCCAAGGCCACAAUUAACAGGUAGCAACAGCGAACUCGUUGCAAUCAUACGGACUCGGCUUCAUGUAUCAACAACUAUAAGGGUUGACUAGCAUAAUGAAACAGAGACAAGAAAAAAAGCUUGUGAAUGUAUAGUGCAGUGUGUGUGUGUCACUUUUUUUGGGCUUGUUCUAGUAUUGCAGUAUUUGACUGCACAAUUUGUAUCUUGUGAGAUAAAACUGCAACCCUCUGUUUCUCUGAGAGAGUUUGUUUGUGAUACCUUUUAAAUAAGAUUUCAAAGUUUGCAUCUU